AAAAAACACAAAAACUUCAAUUAUUUGAAUAGCUCAUUUGAAAGGAUACAAUAAGCUAAAGUAACUACAGUAUUAACCAGAAUAGAUAAAAAAAAUUACAGACAUUAUUAAUACAAAAAUUUAUUACACUUUACAGUACCAAUUUAAGUGUCAAUGUGACGGUUGUCUAUUAAUUUCGUUGCCGAUUAUUCUUUCUCGUUCCGAUUUUAAAUUAAUAAAUUGAAAAUUAAGCCAUUCAGGUAGUAGAUUAUGACGUCUUCUAACCUGAAUUAUGUACAACGCCCUCAAUGUGUAUGAAUUUUGCGUAGGGCAAUUAAAGUUUAUAUAGAUUUGUAUACUUAAAAGAAAUACACGAUUUUAUUAAACAAAGUGCUAUAAAGUACAGUCUCCUUUCAUAUGAAACUGUUACUUUAGUUUCUAGGUAAACAAAUGAAUAGAAGUUACUACAGUGCUGCAAUACAAACUCCUUCUUUCGGACGUGAUCGUUGUGUAUAUAUAUAUAAGUAGUUAGGGCUACAUAUCCUGUUACUGUAGUUUAGCUUGAUGACCUACAUUCGUUUUGAUCAUGUGACUUCAAUCCUAAUAUUAUCCUUAAUCCGGACACCGGCGGGAGCUCAAAGUUCAAACAGCUCUUAAUCAUGUGACGGUGUCGGCUGAUUAUUAACUUGGUGGAUCAACCACCGUUCCGGGUACCAUAGUAAAUAAUACGGUACGUAAUGCAGGGCAUGUGUUAACGGUUAAUUUACUAUCAUUGUAGUAAUUUUUCACUUGAAAUUAUGACUACCACCACGAAUGGGUCGGAACGUCGGCCCCAGACGCAUGGGGACAGAUCGGAAUGGCAGGGCUACGAAUGGCAGGUUCCCCUUCACGAAAUCGUCGAUUGCGAUAAAUGUUCUCCGAGUUGCCGUAACUGCUACUACAAAUGCCGUGGUCUACCGGUAGCCUUUAAAAUCGUCAUGAUUAUCGUAAUACUCUCAACCACGGUCCUUCUCAUGGCACUUAUCGUAAGAUUCGGCUCGUUUGGACCUAGCACAUAUCUGGUGGGGAAUGGAGAUCAAAUACAGUUUUCGGAUGAUUCAUCUCAAAACGAGGAUAACGGAUUUUCCCGUAUGUUCUGUUCCAGUUUGAGCCUCACAUCGGCGUCGUCACACCCCCAGAACUUUAGCUCAUUUGCUGUCAUGACCAAACCUAUGAGAUCAAGAGAGCGGCUACGCUAUACCUUACAUGAAACAAUUUUGCUUAAUUACGGCUCGUAUCUAUAUAUUGUACAUACAUUUGAUCACACUGACACUUUCAGCAUUCUAGGUUGUGUUCAAAAUGAUUAUCAAGUAACCUAUGCCAUACUCUAUGUUAUUCAUGGAGAUGAGAACUAUAAGAAAUGGCAAGAUGAUAGUCAGGAUUGUUCGUCAUGCUACAGUCGCAGAGAGAUAUUCAAUCCUUGUCUUUAUGGGGAUACUAAAGUUCAUUUAACGUUUUCGUCAACGGACAUCGUGUAUUUCGCCUACACAUUGGAGUAUAGUUACACACCACAGGCAAGUUUAUCGCUGAAAUUUAUCUUUGAUAGGGCGAGAUUCGAAAUGGAGAAUAUUGUAGACUCUUGUGUGAACACAACAUUUUGUAAUCUGGCAAUACCGCUACACACCGCCGAUAUUGUAAUUGAACAAGAUGUACAAUUUAAGGAAAAUACGAACAGAAUUCGAACAGUUUGUGGAGCCAGAAUAAGUAUUUACUUUGCAUUUUUUGUCGGUGUUCCAGUGGCAGCGGGCAUUGUGCUAACCUGUCUUGGUUUGAUAUUGAAGCGAUGUCAGGAUGAUUUAAUCCGUGAUAUUGAACGUGCUGAUAGGGUCCGGGAAUAUCAGAGAUACAGAGUGAUCAGGUCAAAUUCAUCUAGGAAUUCAACUACUCCAGCGCGGACAAAUAUCCAGAACACAGUAACUUCAGAAAGAUCCAUGUUCAGUUCGUCAAGUUUGUCUGCUAAUCGGGCUCUUAGUGUUUCGGCAACUGUUCCUCUGGUUCAACAUGAACAACUUGUCGGGAGUUUACCGGAUUAUAACAGUCUUGAUUCGACCCAGAGACAACCGCCAACAAAUGAGCCACCGCCUCCCACGUAUCAGAGUGUUGCCUGUGAAACAUUUAGCCAAUCGGAGCAGCACGACCAAACACAACCUGCACCGCCCACUUAUGAUGAUGCGAUCAAUCUUCCUUAAAAGAUAUAGCUAGCUCCACGUAUUCUAAAUUAAUACCAGCACCCUUCAUCCCUUUGAGUGGCUGCGAUGAGUUGAUUGAAGAGCCGUUGCUAGUAUUUGAAAUACGACUAUUUUGGAAUAUUUCGAGUACAUUAUGUACCAGUACUAUUAUUGUUACGUGUAUUGGGAUAUCGAGGUCAGUCCGCUGUCCGGCAUCAUCCUUUAAACUCAGACCAAAAUCAAUGCAAUCGCCCGCGAGCGCGACAUCCAGGAGGACCAUGUUGAGGUUAAUGUAGCAAAAUCAUAUGGCGGAUCCGAAAGGGACGUUCACACCCACCAGAGCAGCAAAAAUGAGGGCCUAGCUCCAUUGACAACUAUUAUAGGAAAGGGAAUGAUCCCUCUUUGCAAACCCUCCCUUUGGAUCAUAUGUCCUUGACUGGCGAUUCACACCCUCGCCUACCCUACUCUCUCCCCCACCCAACAUAAGCAUCCUGGAUGUCCGCUCCUGAAUUCGUAUAUGUAAAACCACAACAAUCAGAGAAUCAAAUAUAUAGGUCUACAUAACUUUACCGAAUAUAACCUCGAUUACAGUGUUUUUUAAUGUAUGUUUGCCGUUAAUAAUUACGGAUAGGAUUAAGCUAUAUUAAAAUCAAUAACUUUUCAUCGCGUGUUGUUUAGGUAACUAACCUCGAUAAUAUUCGAUUUCUUGUAAAUAAAUAUACGAAAUUUCUUUGGCGAAUAAUUUGAUACGAAUCGAUAUGUUAAUAAUACUAUCGAUAUUACUGGUUGUCAUGGUAAAAUUUUGCUUAAGCUGCCCCUGACCAUCAUUUUUGUUGUACUGUACCUCUUGUAAAUGUGUAUUGGUCGAAUAAAUAAAUGAAAUGAAUGAAUGAACAGAUAGAAUAACGGACAUUCAGUCUUUUUUAAGACGACAUUUCCAAACGUGUAGUACUUUUAUUAUUCAAAUAUUAUACAAUUUUAACAGUGUUCUCACGGCAAAUAUUUUGUUCAAAACCAUAAUGCAAUACGGUUAGGCUUUCACGAUCAAUAUGUACAUAUCAACCAAUUAAGAUACCGUAUCAUUUUUCAAACAUUGCCAAUAAGCCAUUUCAUAGUCUGCACUGCGCAUGCCCGUAUCCCAGGUCAAUCGACAUAAACAUAUGUUGUGUGUAUAUGUGGUGUGUCUUUAUGUCGAUUGAUCUGAUACGGGCAUAUGCAGUUCAGACUACGAAUUUUUUACUUUAUAUUUAUAGACUUACACAUGACAAAUAUAAUAAGUUCAUAUGCUGCAAAAUAGAAUGUGAGCAGACAAGUAAUUGACGUAUAAAACAAGUCUUUAAAAGUGAAUCCUAUUGUUCUGUUUCAAUUUUGUUCCUUUAAAAAUGUUUAAAAUACCCAUCAUUUUGCAGUGCUGUUGUGAAUUACUUAAACAGGCCUAAAUAUCUCCCCUUGCUUUUUUCCACAAUAGAAUAGUAAACGUCGACGAAAACAAGCGUAGAAAAAUAUAGAAUCUAAUUUACGCAAUAACAAAGAAAACAUGACGACGUAGAUGUAUUGACAUAUUUACUCAGCAUAAGCGCUGAGUGAAAUGCUUAUACGAUAUGGACGGAGAUCUGAUAUGCUGGCUAUCUCAACAUUCACAAAAUGUUUCAAUAUAUUCAACACAUUAACAAUCUAUUUUACAUAAUGCCACAGUGCUGCACACUUCAAAGAUAUCAUUAACUGCUAAUUUUGAGAUGAUGAAUGAUAUACUAACUACAUAUUAUAUUAAAGACGCCAUGACCUGGCUUUAAAUUAAUCACGAGCAUAGUUAUAUAUUGUGUGCAUUAUAUCCAUCGAAAAUUAUAUUUUGCAUAGAAAAAAGUACAUUAUAAUUAUAUUUUAGUAUUAGCAUAACACAUUUGCACAAGUCCGUUUUGUUCAUUAUUAUAAAGUAUCAUUAUUAUGGAACGCCAUUAGUGCCUUUAGUGCAGAUGCGUCGUGUCAAAUCUGCCCUGAAUUGACAAAAUGGCGUUUCAUACGAAAUUACAUACGUAAACGUAUACGUUGGUUGCAAAUCCAGUCCGUCCCUGCUUUUGUUACAUUUAAUUUAUUACCAACGCCCUAUCGUUAUUUAAAAAAAA